GCAGUUCCUGCACCUCCCGGAGCAGCUCCGACCUGUCCGCAGCCCGGCGCUUCACCUCUCCCGACGGCAGGCAGCUGGACGUCCGGGCGGCAGACUUCUCCCGUUUCGAGUUAAAGUGAUGAGUGAUAGACACGCGCUCCCUUCAUGCUUACUUUCAUCCAAAAAGAAGUUAUGGAUAUUUGUGACGGGAAGAAGAGGAGAAAGGUAAGCGGCGGUGUGCGGGGCUGCAGGCGCAGCGAGGCCGGAAAGAUGAAGCGAGAGCUGGGCAAAGUCCUCCGCUCCCGCACGGUGGAGGACAAUAAUCACACGGAGCCCAUGCAGGAGGAGGAGGAGGAGGAGGAGGAGGAGGAAGAGGAGGGCGACGACUGCUUCUCCAUUAGCUUCCUCCGGAGCGGCCGGCUGGAGCCCGCCGUGGUGAUGUCUCCCCGGUACAGCCUGCUGCGGGAGGUCGGCCGGGGAAGCUACGGGGUUGUGUACGAGGCUAUAGCCCGGAGAACCGGGGCCAGGGUGGCGGUGAAGAGGCUCCAGUGCGACGCCCCGGAAAACGUAGAGCUGGCUCUGGCCGAGUUCUGGGCCCUGACCAGCCUGGAGAACCGACACCAGAAUGUGGUCCAGCUGGAGGAGUGCGUCCUGCAGAGGAAGGGCCUGGCCCAGAAGAUGAGCCACGGCAACAAGAGGUCCAAACAGUACCUGCGCCUGGUGGAGACGUCACUGAAAGGGGAGCGCAUCCUGGGCUACCCAGAGGAGCCGUGCUACCUGUGGUUCGUCAUGGAGUUUUGCGAGGGCGGGGACCUCAACCAGUACAUCUUGUCCCGCCGGCCCGACCCCCAGACCAACAGGAGCUUUAUGCGGCAGUUAACAAGUGCCGUAGCUUUCCUGCACAAGAACAACAUCGUCCAUCGCGACCUGAAGCCAGACAACAUUCUCAUCUCGCAGAAAUCUGGUUCACCGGUUCUCAAAGUGGCCGACUUUGGCCUCAGUAAAGUUUGCGCUGGCCUAAACUCCAAGAACAGCGAAGACCACCCCGCCGCAGGAGCAGGCGGCAGAGGCAGCAACCAGAACAACAUCGUCAACAUAAACAAGUUCUGGUUGUCGUCAGCUUGUGGCUCGGACUUCUACAUGGCCCCCGAGGUGUGGGAGGGCCACUACACGGCCAAGGCUGACAUCUUCGCCCUGGGCAUCAUCAUCUGGGCGAUGAUCGAGCGGAUCACUUUCAUCGACGCAGAGUCCAAGCGUGAACUGCUGGGCACCUACAUACGGCAGGGCACGGAGAUCGUACCUGUCGGGGAGGCUCUGUUGGAGAACCCCAAGAUGGUUCUCCACAUCCCUCAGAAGGCCAGGAGCUCCAUGUCCGAGGGGGUGAAGAAACUCCUCCAGGACAUGCUCGCAGUCAACCCUCAGGACCGACCAGACGCCCUCCAGCUGGAGGUGCGGAUGGACCAAGUCACGUGUGCUGCGUGACGGCCCCCACCUCCCCAAAACCUCCCCUGUUUUACCCUGACCAGUCAAAGAAGGGACCCCUUUCCUUCCCAG